GCCGCAGGGGAGCUGGAGCAGCCCCUCGCCUUCACGGCCGCUCGCAGCUCUUGUGCCGGCGCCACCACAAAAACGCUCCCCGCCACCAUCUCACGGGCCAGGGCCAUUUCCCACAGGCAGCGCUGACCCCCACACCGUCCCCCCGCCACCGGCUGCCUCAGGCGGGCAAAAUGGCGGCAGUGAUCGAGGAGAGGGAAGAGAGGGGUGGAGUGCGGAGGGGAGGGGGCCGCCGCCGCGGCGGCAGCGAGGCUGGGCCUCCUCGCCACCGUUAGCCACCACUUCCACCUUCUCCCUCCCCGCCGUCCUCAGCAGCAGCGGCGGAGCGGAGGGGCACUACCGGCGGGGAGGAGCGCCUGUCUGCGACCUGCGCCGUUCACGCUCCCUCAGGACAGCCUUGGGGCGGGGGGGGAGAGGGGGGAGCGCUCCGCCAUCCUCCCUCCUCCACCUCCUCCCGCCGCAGGCUCAGCUCCGUUCCCCUUCUCCCCCCGCCCCGCAAAGCCCCUGACCUGCUCCGAGCCCGGGCCAGAGGUAGGUGCCCGCCUCGUAGAGGCUCUUUACCGCGGCUGCCUAUUCCCGGCCGUUCGCCGCAGGGGUGCAGGCACCCACCUGCCCGCUCCCCCCCACCCCGCGGUGGCGGCAGCAGCCGGGGCGCCGUGGGGCCCUUCACCGGAGCAGGCGAGGCGCUAAGGCCUCCCCGAAGCGGGGAGGCGGCGCUGCGGGGAUAGCCCGUCCCGUCUGGCUCUGCCUGACUGGCGUUGCUCCCCGCGGGUUUGCCCACCCUGGCUCCCUUUCCCCUCCGGAGUUGAAAAUAGCAGAGGCUUUAUUUUUGGUCGCUUGGUUAUUUCAAAUUCCGUUCCUGUAGAAGACUGGGGAGGGGGAAAGGUCGCCGGGUAGGAAGCGUGGUGGCGGCCCGGCCGGUGAGGUGCAGGGGUCUCUCGGGAAGGGCGGGGGAGGUCUGCGGGCCUUCCAGCCUGCUCGCGGGGGGGCUCUGCCCGUGACCGGAUGGAGCGUGUUGGCCUGAAAGCCGCGUCCCCCCUUCACCGGGAGGGCAUCGGCCUGCGCCGUCUGGCUCCUGCGUUGGAAGCUGGCCUGCAGCACAGCUGAAUCUAACCCUGGAGGAGAGGUGCAGGUGUCUGGGCACAGAGGUGGGCGGGGGGUGCGUGUGGAUUUGCCUGGACAGGAGCUAUCCCCCGCGCCCCCGGCGCUGGCGUUCCUCCCUCCUGUGCUAGCAGGUGGGUUAUAACCGUUACUUAGCCUCACGCAAAAAGACCUCGAAGACCACUGAGGUAAGUAUUUUUAAGCCUUAUGUGAUUCAGCAGCUUAGAUGGCUGAGAGCUGUACACGUGUUCUUCUGUAAUCUGCUUGAAAUAAACCCAAACCGCACUGAGCUGAUCCACCAUCAGUGGCCCUGAAGGAUGAUGUUCAUUUAGACAAAAAUUCACGCCCUCUUGUGAGGUUCUGCCUGAAUGAGCAAGAUUUGCUUUGAUUCCUUUUGUGAUAAGGACAUAGAAUAUUGGGGUGGGGGAAACAUGCUAAAUGACUUUAUGGUGUUAAAGUCCUGUUACCAUCCUUGUUAUGAUAGUAUCUAAGCCGCGUGGAUCCCUGCUGGUGAUGACAAACUGUUGUGGUGUGGAUUGUUUGGGUAACCAGGCAAGUUGUCAAAGUCAGGCCAGGCCUGUAUGUUAGGAAUGUAUAUUGAAGCCAGGUCCUGUAAACAGUCGCUAAUGUGUGGAGUCUUGUUGCUAGGGCUUUGCACAGAAAUAACGAGACACGCAUGAGCACCUCUUUGAAGUCCUAAUGUGCUACCUGGCAAUUUGGAAGCCAGGAGGAUAGUUGAGGGUAUGGUUUCCGUAGUUCGUGAGCUGAAGUCUUGGGAUUUUCAUUUAUAAAUAAAUCCACAUCUUUUUCUGCCUCAUUUUGGAGUAUAGCCAAGUAGAACGAUAUUGUUUAUGUGCGUAGAUUUUUGUGUCUCACACAAAGAUGUCUAUUGUUUACACAGAAACUGUAAGAGGAAUGUUUUGUUAACAUUUUGUUAGCAAUAUAAACUGACAAACACAAAUGCAACAAAAAGAGUCCUCCUCAGAGCAGAAAAACACAGCUGCCCAAAAACUGUUUUUCAAGGAAAACUAUGCACCUUUUGGUUCUCCAUUUCUUUUAAAACUCAUCUUGUAUCAUUUAUGUUCGCAUAAAUCUUCUACUGCCUGUAACUUUUGCAGCAACUUAGUUCCAUGCCUAUGUAGCCCUCUAAACAGUGUUUCUUUUUCUAAACAAGAUUGGCCAAAUUGCGAUUUUUUUUUUUUAAUUACAUUUGGAAUUUUUUUGGUUGGGUGUGUCCCCAUAAUAUUUUCAAAUUCCUGAGCUGACGGCACUGAAUUCCCCUCUCCAUUGUCAACAUGUGUCUUUUCCAUUAAGACUGACUGCUGCCACCUUCUUCCCUUAGGAAACUUUCAAUGGCUUGAAGUAGUAUAACCAAAAAAAAAACCUAUCUGUUUUCAGCAUUCUAUGUGUAAAAAUUCCAAACUAGAAUUCCAAGUUGUUCCAAAUUGGAAUUUUUAAUAAUAAUUCCACAGCCUACAUGGAGAGUAGUUACAGAGCCUGUGGGGUCUUGAUUUUCACUAGUGGACCCUGAAUGUGAAUUUGCAGUCGUGAUAAUGCAUAUGAAUGGCUUUUAAUCUCUCUCCUUUGCACUGUUUCUAACUUAGUCCCCGAUGACCAGUAUCUAUGUACAGCCAAGUGACUGAUAAUCUGUUUAAAUGUGAGGAGUAAGUUGUUCUCAGAAGCAUCUAAAAGCAUUUGGUAUUGUAGAAGGAAGAGAUUGCAGUAGUUUGGAAACUCCAUGGCAGCUGAGUGUUUCAUUUUGACUAUACCAGCAAUGGUGGCAGAUAGGUAUUCAUCAGAUUAUACAGGUUCAGUAGAAGAAAGUCAGAAUUUCAGUACUUUCACAUCUCCUAAUGCACACCAACAUGUCUUUUUUAGAAUUAUUAUUAAUUAAGUUCUUUGGCACUGCAUUUCUGUGCUGCUUUUUCACCCUGUUUCUUAGCUUGAGUAUUCCUAUCUGUCAUUCAUGGAUUUUUGCUUUUGUGACUAGUAGCAUAAAAUUAUAUUUGAAUAUCAUAGUUACUAUCAUACAUUCAUUAUUUCUACAUUGUCUGAUCCUCUCUAAAUGAGUAUUCAUAUCUGAUUUCUAUUUGAUGAUUCGUUUUAAAUAUUUACAGGUAUCUUUUCCUUUUUCAGCUUUUUCCAUUGACAUACAGAAGAAUAUGCGCCAAUUCUGCUACAACUCACAAGUAUUGUGUUUAUUUUUUUUAUUUUAUGUGGUUUAGGUAGCAGAAAGUGAACUGUUUUAUGUCUUGUGUAGUGCUUAGUACAGUGAGAUCCUGUUCUGCAACUGGGCUUUGUAGGAGGGCAGUAAAAAUGCUGAUGUGGAAAACAAUUUUUUUACAGUUAGCUUAUUUCAUAAGGCUUUGAUUUUCAGAGGGACCUUGGUGUGACUGUAUCCUUGCUCUUAUGUGGCUAUUCACUGAAAUCACGAACUCUUCUCUUUGUACAUGGAUAUCCUUGACAGAAUUAAUUGGAAUUAGAGGUCUGUGGCAAGAUGCAGCACAGAAAAAAAUUCACUUUUAGGAAGGUGUUCUGGUGUGGGGAUGAGUUGGUUUUAUCAUAUCUUAAGAACAGAUUAUAUGUUUUAUUUGUCACCUAAAGCUUCAGAUCAUGGAUGUAUUCUUUAUUUUAAAAUAGUCUUUUUCCAUUUUAGGUGUUUGCUUAGUAGUUGUAUUAUAGCAGAUUCUGUGGGUGCUUUAGGAUGACGUCUGUUAACACUAACAUGUCAGAAUUUCAAUAUAACUUGGUAAAUGAAAAUAGGACAAAAGAAUUUCCCUGGUUAAGUUACAAGUUCCAGAUUCAGUAAUGUUUCUGGUUUUUUCUUUCUGGUCUCUUACAGGAAAAAUGAUAUUCAUCCAGCAUUCCUGAAUAAUAAGAAUGGGUCCAGAUGUACCUCUGCUGAAUGAUUACAAACAGGAGUUCUUCUUGAAGCGCUUUCCACAGACUGUGCUGGGAGGUCCCCGGUUUAAAUUAGGCUAUUGUGCCCCUCCUUACAUAUAUGUGAAUCAGAUUAUUCUUUUCUUGACACCAUGGGUUUUGGGAGGAGUGGGAACACUUUUGUACCAAUUAGGCAUUAUGAAAGACUAUUAUACUGCAGCACUUUCAGGAGGACUGAUGUUUGUUACUGCACUUACUCUUCAGAUGACAAAUCUAUAUGCAAAACAGAAAACAGUGAGAGUAGAAAGAAUGCAAAUUCAGAAUACCCUGACAGAUGAAGAUGAGUUUGAAUUUUCCAGCUGUGUAGGUUCAGAGACAGUAAAAUUUAUUAUUCCUGGCAAGAAGUAUAUAAUCAACACUGUAUUUCAUUCCCUUCUGGCAGGGGUAUUGUGUGGGCUGGGAACUUGGUAUUUGCUGCCAAACAGAAUAACCUUGCUGUAUAGCAACAUUGGAGGAACUGUUAUGAUCUUUGUAUUUGGCUGGGUGACUAUAUGUAUAGGAGAGUAUUCGUUAAUCAUAAAUACAGCUACCGAAACAGCUACUUUCCAAGCACUGGAUACUUACGAAAUCACUGCUCUGAUGAGACCCUUCUAUAUUUUUCUCUUUAUUGCAGUGGAUCUUGCACACAGGUUUGCUGUCAACACAGCCAUUCUAGAACAGACAAACCAGAUUUUGCACAUCGUAUUUCUUUUUCUGCCGUUCUUGUGGGCAAUGGGAAUUCUGCCCCCACUUGACGCACUUUUUCUAUGGGGAAUGGAACAACUGUUGGAGUUUGGCCUAGGAGGUUCACCUAUGUCAAGUAACACAAAGUUAUUAGUAAUGUUUCUCAUUUCUGCUGGAACAGCAAUAGCAUCGUAUUUCAUUCCCAGCACUCUCGGUGUGAUCCUCUUCAUGACUGGAUUUGGGUUCAUACUGAGUCUUAACCUAAGUGAGAUUGGUUUUGCCUUCAAACACACCAUGAUCAGCCAUUUAGGCUCCAGCAAAUCUAAAAAUAUGCACAGAGGUCUUAGAAUACAAUUUGGGUGGAGGGAAUUUAUUUUUUAUUUGACUGUGUUGACGUUUGCUCUCAUAGAAGCUAGCCUGCUGCAUCAAUUUGCAGGCUUUUCAUCAUUUUCCAAAGCCAGUCCUCAGGCUGUAGCGAGUUACGUUCUGAUCAUAUUACUUAUAAUUAUGUGGAUUCUUAGAGAGAUUCAGAGAGUGUACUUGUUUGGAGUCUUCCGAAACCCCUUUUAUCCAAAGGAUGUCAGGACUGUGACUGUGCUCAUGGAGAAGCAAAGAAGGCUAAUGAAAGUUGGUGUUGUCAGGAGGAUUUUACUAACACUAGUGUCUCCGUUUGCUAUGAUAGCAUUCCUGUCACUAGACCGUUCGCUACAAAACCUUCAUUCUGUGUCUGUUUGCAUUGGAUUCACAAGAAUAUUUAGGAUGGUCUGGCAGAAUACAGAAAAUGCCCUACUGGACAUAGUGGUUGUGUCAAUAGCACAAAUGUUGGUGUUUAAUCCAGACCUCUGGUGGAACAGGAGCCUUGAUACAGGAAUCAGACUCUUGCUGGUUGGUAUCCUACGGGAUCGACUGCUUCAGUUUGUCUCAAAGUUGCAGUUUGCCAUAGCUAUUCUGUUGACGUCAUGGACAGAGAAAAAACAACGCCGUAAAUCUGCUGCCAGCUUAAUCACACUCAACGUUGUUUUCUUCCCGAUCCUGCUGACCUUCAUCGCCAUCUCUGCGCUCCUUUCUUCUCCCUUGCUGCCACUCUUCACGUUACCAGUAUUUUUGAUUGGGUUUCCUAGGCCUAUCCGAAGCUGGCCAGGACCUGUGGGUGCUACAGCCUGUGUUUGCACCGAUACUGUGUACUACCAGCAGAUGCUUCCAAGUCUGGCUGUUGCUCUGCAGUCUGCCCUAGCAGCCGGUAGCCUAGGUCUCUCUCUACCUGGAUCACAUUACUUGUGCCGUUUUCAGGAUAGACUGAUGUGGAUACUGGUGCUAGAAAAAGGCUUCACUUACUGUGGUGUUAACAUUAAGGGACUGGAAUUGCAGGAAACAUCUUGUCACGCUGCUGAAGCUCACAGAGUUGAUGAAGUUUUUGAAAUGGCCUUCGAAAAUCAGGAGCACACAAAGAUUCUCUCUCCUAAUCGCCAUUUUGGACACAUUUUGACUCCUUGUACUGUUCUACCUGUGCGGCUGUAUUCUGAUGCCAGAAAUGUGUUGUCUGGAAUAAUUGACUCUCAUGAGAAUUUAAAGCACCUGAAAGAUGAUUUCAUUAAAGUGCUUGUGUGGAUGCUAGUCCAGUAUUGUUAUAAUAAAUCAAAAAUGCAGGAAAGCCCUGGCAAUGCUGACAAGAACAAAAAAGGAUUAUUUCCAGAAAAUCAGCGUAGCAGCGCAGUAGAGAGAUCCAGGCCUCUGAGGGAAGAAGACAGCUUCAGUGUCGAUACAAUUGAGGAUUGGACUGACGACAGUGACAUUUUUGAUCUUGAACCCAGUGGCAGAAUGAAAGACAGAAAAGAACCUGGGCAGCUGGGAACUACACCAAAAGUACAUCUGUCUAUUCCAGGAUCUGUAGAAACACAGAGCCAAGAUGUCCCACAAGAAAUGUCACCAGAAGAGAAAUUAUACAGGGCCGUUGUGCUUGGGCUUCCUGCUGUAGACAAAGGGAAACAGCAAGAAGUUUUAUCUCGGGUUGAGUUUAGUUGCUCUUACUCGGAGCUGUUGAGCAUCCCUGAAGAAUGGAGAACAGCCCCGGUGCCUGCUUCCAAAGUCAAUGAAAUGAGACAGAGGUUUCCAGAAGAAUGGUACCACUUUGUUUUGAGUCAACUGGACUUUUUUCAUCUGAAAGAAAAGCCUUCCAAUUUACUUGAAGACCUUAUGAAAGAUAAAAUUUUGAAAGACUUGUACAUCCAUGGAGUAUUGUCAUGUUGUUUUGGUCUGUUUGGACUAGAUAACACUGUGCCUGCCCCGAGCCAUGUGUUCAGAGCGUACACUGGUGGUAUUCCCUGGUCUGUUGGUUUGGACUGGCUAACUGGCAAACCGGAGCUAUUCCAACUUGCAUUAAAAGCAUUCAGGUAUGCUUUUAAACUUAUGGUUGACAAAGCAAGCCUGGGUCCAGUUGAGAACUUCAAAGAGCUGAUUAACUAUCUGGAAGAAUAUGAAAACGAUUGGUACAUUGGACUGGUAUCAGAUCUUGAGUGGCAGCAAGCAAUUCUUCAGGAAAAGCCAUACCUUUUUUCACUGGGGCAUGACCCAAACAUGGGAAUUUACACUGGGCGAGUCCUCACUCUUCAGGAAUUGUUAGUACAAGUGGGAAAACUGAAUGAUGAAGCUGUCCGAGGUCAGUGGGCAAAUCUGUCCUGGGAGCUGCUAUAUGCUACAAAUGAUGAUGAGGAACGCUACAGCAUCCAGGCGCACCCAGUUCUCCUGCGAAACCUUACGGUGCAAGCUGCAGACCCACCUCUCGGCUAUCCUGUUUAUUCGUCUGAAGUUCUGCAUCUGCCUCUGUUCUAGAAUGUCUGUAGCACUUUUUUUUAUUACUAUUAUUAUUCUUUUGUAUUUGCCAUCUGCGUGUUGGGAAUGAAAUGCUCAUGCUACAUUUAUACGCUACAAGUGAGAUUUUACUCGAAAUGGCGUUGGAUGGCAGUGCCAAGCCAGCAUACGCAAUUUGCACAGAAAUGGUGCUGGCCAGAACCUUCAGCGGGCAGGAAGUUUUGAACUGUUUUCUUGCUGCUGGAACACAAUGGUGAGACACCAUUGCCUGUGUGGCUGACAGGCCAGGAGGUGCUGAAAUUCUCUUCUCCCAUUUAGAGAAGAGCAGCGUAAUUCUGAUGUUAACUAUUUUUUGUGCAUUCUGAUUUUUUUUUUAUAUUUUUGUUCUCUUUUUAAUAGUUGGACAGGUGACUUGCAGUGUCAGGUUACAGCUCACUGUAGUACCGUCAACCACAGAGUUGGUAACCAAAAUGUACAUAUGACUAUUUAUAUGAUUUUUUUUUAUUCCAGCCAUUUUAUAUUGGACUGAGUUCAAUUUUAGCAUUUGUUAUGACUUCAGCUGAUCUUCCUUAGUUGUAGUAAGUUGCCAGCUAUGCUAUAGCAAAGUCGGAAGGGAGGAUUUUUACCAAAGUACUUGUUUGGGGGGCAAAGAGCAUUUAUAUAAAACAGCAUGUGUUCUGACACAUUAAUAGCCUGUGUGACCUACUGAUCAAAGUCAACAUGCAUAAUUAGAGAAGGAAUUUAAGUCCAAAUGGAUUAAAUUUUAGUUCCUUCUUCCAAUAUCCAUAUAUUUUGUAUAUAUAUAUAUGCACACAUGUUGUUUGCAAGUGAUGUCCACAUCACUAACCAGUCUUCCACAAAUACAGUGAGAGCUUGAUGAUGGAGGGGAGGCAGAAAUCCAACUCCUUGUGCCAGAAGUAAUUUUUUUUUUUUUUUAACCUUGCAGUUUGGCAAUUGGUUUGCAAUAUUACAGGUCUCCUUGAAAACAGGUCUGGGUCAUCUCUCCAGUGGCUUGUUUAUCCUGUUCCUUACCACCAGUCAUUAGCACAUAAAUGUGUAGUUACAGUGUCAUUACUGCUGGCACAUGCCGAGCAGGGUGUAGGUAAUUGUCUGUCUUUAACCUGUAGAAUCAAUUUAAAUCAGAUCUGCUCCAUAACUGAAUUAGUACUGAUUUAGGACACCCAGUGUAUAAUUUGGAGCAUGUUUAUUACUUUUACUCCUCACCUUUAAGUACAAUUUGUCACAGGACUAUGUGCUGUGUACUUGGCUAUUAGCUGUUUCUUUUGAUCGGUGACCAUAACUGAUUUUAAAGAAAUAUGCAGACCUUGUAGUGGAAUCCAGAAGCGACAAGGAAACACCGCCAGACUCCAUGGUGUAACACUCUAAGGUACAGGAUGAAAUUCAUGCAGAACAUCAAUGGAAGCAGCUUUUAGAAAGUGGUUGGUUGGUGCGCAGGAGCGUAAAUAACAAACUGCUGAUAACCUAAAAUCACCUUGCUUGGCCACGAACUGUAUCUGGAAGCGCAGCAUCAGGGAAACAGAUCUGGAAGGGCUUUCAGAGAGCACUGAUUUCAGCUCCCUCUCAAUAGGAACUACUCCUGGCAAACGUUUAAUCUGAUUUCAAACUUUCAAUACCAGGAGUAUGGUGAACUCAUCAAGGAGUUCAGUUCUUUGUUGUUCUUGCAGCUGUUGGAAAGUUUGGGUUUUUUCGUAAAUCUAAUGAAACCUCCCUGCCCCAUUGUAAAGCCUCUUACUACUUGUCUUCUGUGUGGUCACAGAAAAUUUAAUUACCUUUUUUUUUUGCAGCAGCAGUAGUCUUCUAUUUGAAGAUGGUUAUAAUUUCUGCCCUCAUCCUUUAUCAUCUGUAAACCAAAUAAAAUAGUUGAGAAAAAAUUGCAGAGAACGGUGAUCCUUUUCUCUCACUU